AUGCUACGCCGUGAGGACGCCAACCUCCCCCCCCGACCCGUCCUACCAGGACAACCUGGCCGAACUCGGGUGAGUAGCUUCCUUCUUGCUUUUCAAUUCUUCGUCAACGGGGACAAGAUCCGUGCCAUCAACAGCCCUGGCCAGGGCCCACGCUUCAAGGUCAACCGUAAUGAGCGUGUCAGCAAGGCCCACAUGGAUGCUCUGCACCACGCCAUUCACGAUAUCGUCAUUGAGCGCCUGAAGGGAAUGUGCAUGAACCACUUCCAUCUCCCGGCGGAUGUAGGAGCUGCGCAUCCAAACACUCCAGUCCUCGUGAGCUGUAACAUCCAGAAGGCGUCUCGCAUUAUUCUCUUCGUUGGCGAGCUCAAUGAAGACCUGGGUAUCUUCUCCUACCGUGAGAUCUGCGAGAAGGGCAUUGAAUUCGGCUCCAUACUGAAGUUGGCCCGUGCUGUUCUGGGUCCCAAGCCUGAGGAGUCUGACACUGCUCUGGUUGUCGCGAACCCUGGUGGCCGUAUUUGGCAUAAUGCCACUAACACUGCCGUGACUGCUGAGGCCUUUCUUGGCCGUGAUCGCACCUAUGCUGUGUCUCGCCAGCGCUCUCUGAGCCUGCGCAACGCUAUCAUGGGCAACCACUCGCUUGCGGAGCACACCGAGUUUAUCUUCGAGGGUCUCUUGAAGACCAGCAUGAAGAAAGGUGCCAUGAUCGACAUUAUUGGGCUGUCCGAGGGUGGAUUUGCCAGUCUCAUGUAUCUUAAGAAAAACUGGAACAUUUGGGCACCCCACAUCUCUUGCAUCGCCAUCGUCAACCCUGAACAAAUCGUAUGCGUUGAUUUCGAACUUGCUGAUCUGGGAGAUCCUGGUUCGUUCUUCAAUUUCAUGGUGGACCGUGCUCGUGGAUGGGUCCUCUCUGUCCAGACCUUGGGAGCCCGCGAAAUCGGCCUGAGCACCUACGGUAUCAAUUGUUUUUCGAGCGGCGAAGCGUCGCGUAUCACGUGCAUGGUCUCCCGUGCCUUGCCCAACAUCCUCAGCUGGCUGCAUCUCAUGCACCGCGUUCCGACCCUCAAGGAGCGACUUUACAUUGUUCGCGGAGAGCCAGCUCCCGAGGGAAAUGUGAUUCGAGCCAUGCGCGGUCUCGAUGUAUACCAAACCUACUCCGAGGAUGAUACCCUCGACUGCGAGUUGACCGAAGAGCUUACUGACUUCGUCAAUGACCUUGCGCUUGACUCGGAUGAAGUGAGAGAGAUGGGCGAGAGAUUGAAAGACGCCACAAAGCUUGAAGAUGAUCAGGGCUGGCGCUUUGUCGACGAUGAGGAGUUCGACGCCGACUCGGAGAGCGGUGGGGGUGUCGAUACCGACGUGGACAGCAUCUGCUCUGAUGAGACUGUCGUCCAGGAUCCUCCCGCUUCCCACAGCUCCCGCAGCUCCCGUGCCGGCAAGGCGUUCCACGGCAACACUGCUCCUUAUGAUCUGAAGAACAUUCACGACAUUCGCGAGGGUUCCAACGAGGAGUAA